UGGAAGAAAGAGGCCAGCAAGAGUCGCUAAGAAAUGGCAUCUGUUCCACAUAACUUUGAUUCAUUACUCUCAAAUUUAUUAACUUAUCCUAAGCCUCCUUCUCGACAGGUUCGAAUCCGAUCCAUAUCAUCCGCUAAUCGACGUAUCUCCAAAUCAAACUCCACAACCUUGAGGAUGGCUCACGCUCAUUCUGCCCAAAACCCAGUGAUCGAGCAGCGGAGAGUGAUAAUUCCAAACAAGCAUGGAGAAAAACUGGUGGGGUUAUUGCAUGAAGCUAAAUCUAAAGAGAUUGUGGUCUUAUGUCAUGGUUUUAGAUCCCGAAAGGACUACAAUACUAUGACGAACCUUGCUGCCGCUUUAGAGAAAGAAGGAAUCAGUGUCUUUCGUUUCGAUUUUGCUGGAAACGGAGAAAGUGAGGGUUCGUUUCAGUAUGGUAACUAUUACCGGGAAGCUGAUGAUUUGCAUGCUGUAAUUCAACAUUUUUCUGGGGAAAAUCGUGUGGUAAGUGCAAUUCUUGGGCAUAGCAAAGGGGGAAAUGUGGUGCUUCUUUAUGCUUCGAAGUACCAAGAUAUUCGUACAGUUAUAAAUGUUUCUGGCCGCUAUGACUUGAAGAGAGGCAUUGCGGAACGCUUGGGAGAAGACUUUAUGGAAAUAAUUAAGGAUGGACACAUUGAUGUUAAGAAUGAUACGGGAGGUGUUGAAUACCGUGUGACUGAGAAAGCUUUGAUGGAUCGUUUGGAAACGGACAUGCGGAAAGCUUGCCUUAAGAUUGAUAAAUUAAUUCGGGUCUGGACGGUCCAUGGAUCUGCAGAUGAGGUAAUUCCUCUUGAAGACGCAUUGGAGUUUGCCAAGAUUAUACCUAAUCACCAGAUACACAUUAUAGAAGGAGCCAAUCAUGGGUACACCUCGCAUCAAACCGAGUUGGCAUCAGCCGUUGUGAAGUUUAUAAAGUCGGCCUUACAGCAAGACGAGAUUGCUCCGAAGUAGGUAGUUUUCAUACAAAUAAAUACUGUUAUUUUCUUUUCAAUCCCCUCAAA